CUCCCCGGUGCGCCGCGCGAGCGUCCCUGCCUUGCCGCGGAGAGUCGCAGCCCGGCGGCCGCGUGGUGUUCGGGUCGCCAUGGCUGGUUACGAAUACGUGAGCUCGGAGCAGCUGGCUGGCUUUGAUAAGUACAAGUACAGCGCAGUGGAUACCAACCCACUCUCCCUGUAUGUCAUGCAUCCAUUUUGGAACACUAUAGUCAAGGUAUUUCCUACAUGGCUGGCUCCAAAUCUGAUAACCUUUUCUGGCUUUCUGCUGGUUGUAUUCAAUUUCGUACUUAUGGCAUACUUUGAUCCUGACUUUUAUGCUUCAGCACCAGGUCACAAGCACGUCCCUGACUGGGUUUGGAUUGUGGUGGGCAUCCUCAACUUCAUAGCCUACACACUCGAUGGUGUGGAUGGAAAGCAAGCCCGCAGAACGAAUUCCAGCACCCCCUUAGGGGAGCUUUUUGACCAUGGCCUGGAUAGCUGGUCAUGUGUGUACUUUGUUGUAACUGUGUAUUCCAUCUUUGGACGAGGACCGUCUGGUGUCAGUGUUUUUGUUCUUUAUAUCCUGCUGUGGGUAGUUUUGUUUUCUUUCAUCCUAUCCCACUGGGAAAAGUAUAACACAGGAAUUCUUUUCCUGCCAUGGGGAUAUGAUAUUAGCCAGGUGACUAUUUCUUUUGUCUACAUAGUGACUGCGAUUGUGGGAGUUGAGGCCUGGUAUGAACCUUUCCUGUUUAAUUUCUUAUAUAGAGACCUAUUCACUACAAUGAUUAUUGGUUGUGCAUUAUGUGUGACUCUUCCAAUGAGCUUAUCAAAUUUUUUCAGAAGCUAUAAAAAUAACACCUUGAAACACAAUUCAGUCUAUGAAGCUAUGGUUCCCCUCUUUUCUCCAUGUUUGCUAUUCAUUUUGUCUACAGUGUGGAUCCUCCGGUCACCUUCAGAUAUUUUAGAGAUACAUCCUAGAGUGUUCUACUUAAUGGUUGGAACAGCCUUUGCCAACAGCACAUGUCACCUGAUUGUUUGUCAAAUGAGCAGUACCCGGUGCCCAACUUUGAAUUGGCUGCUGCUUCUUCCUCUCUUCUUAGUGGUUAUGGUGGUAAAUUUUGGAGUAACUGCUUACGUUGAGAGUGUUCUCCUGUACGUGGUAACAACUGUGUUCACUCUGGCUCACAUCCAUUACGGAGUGCGAGUGGUAAAACAGCUUAGCAACCAUUUUCAGAUUUACCCCUUCUCAUUGAGGAAGCCUAACUCAGAUUGACUAGGAAUGGAAGAAAAGAAUAUCGGCAUGUAAUCUGCAGAAAGAAGUACUGUAAAUAAGAUGCUUGUAAAUAUUUCAUCCAUCACCAUUGAACUAAACUGAUCUGCUUGACAGACAUGGGAACUCAGUGUAUGUGGUACUCGGACAGCAAGGAUGAUACUUUUGAUCUGAACUUGGGGAAUUUUGGACCUACUAACUCCAGUCUAUUUUAUUUUAAUUUUUAUAAGACUUUGUGACAUUUUAGUUAAGCAUAAUGUGGACCAGAUAAAGGUUCUAGUGAUUUUAGCUUCAUGCGUCCAUAAUAUUUUGGUUCAUACAGAGUUAAAGACACCUUGUUUUUGUUUUUAAAACCCCAAAAUUGGUUUGUGAACGCUGAUAACAUUUAGAAACUGCAAUAAGUUUUCAUAUCAGGUACUUAGUAGUAGGUCUUUAGCUGUGGAAGCGCUCUGUAGCCCAUAUAUAAUCUAGGGAAGCGGUAAGAGCAAGUCACCUUCAGCAAGAGAUGCCAAAUGAUCAUAGAACAAUAAACAGUUGCCAAAUACUGGUUUCUCUUUCCCAUGGAAAUGCCUUUUGUCUUCACAUACUAAGAGAGCUAAUAUAUAUAUAUAUUUAGAUUCUCUAGUAUUCUGGCUCUCUCUGUUAUGGAACAGAUCUUGAUAAAUCGUUUAAUUUUCUUUUAAAGGAAACAUUAUAUUGAGAAUUAGUAGAGAAUGGAUUGUAAUUGUAGCUUACCUGUUGGCCUGUUUCAUUGUUUUAAUGUGGCAUUUUUUUUCCCUCUCAGAUGCAAGUUGUUAAGAUUUGGUGCCUGUGAACUACGAUUAUAUGAAUGCGUGUAAUAGUCCCAAUUCUUUAAUAGUUACUUGUGAAGAAUGCAGAUAAACCUCCUUAAAGACUAAUUCACUUGGGAGUUAGGAAUUUCAUGAACCUUGUUAUGGAAUUACUACUGUGAAACUCUCUACAAAAUUAGUUUUCUAAUUCAGUUUAUCCUUCCUUCCUUCCUCCCUUCUCCCCCCUUUAUCUCUUUCUGUGGAAGAGGGAAUGCUAUGUUUUUUAUUCUAUAUAGGACAAAGAAGUAGAGAGAAAUUCUCUUUCCCUGGCUUGUCCACUUCCCCACUUUGAAGAACAUUUUUGCUACAUAUGCCUUACUGAGUCUGUACUCCCUUUGAUAACUUGGAGUAAAAUCUGAGGUUUACUGACAAAUACCCCUUUGGCUUUCAUGUGAUUGUUUUUAUACAUCUCACCGGAUAUUUCUAUUUCUUUUUUUUCCUUUGUCUCCAUUUAGUUUGGUGGUGGUGAAAUUUACUUGCUGAUUCUCUUUAUUUUCCACUGAAUGAAGUUUGUGCUUGAAUGAAGAGUGUAUCUUAAACCCUUUUAUUUUGGACAGAUUGCACUUGGAUAAAAUAGGCACCACUGUGUUGAUAUGUAAUUAAAUUCAUAGCUAUUAUUUAUCUAUGAAUGUGACAACCGUUAAAUUUAAUUAUAAUGUAUUUCUUUGUUGAAUUUCAUUCAGUUUGCUGCUUUGUAAAAAUAACUGUAAUUGAAACUUCAGUUUUUAAAUUUGUAAAUUCUAAUCAUUGUCAUUCAUGUUACUAGGAAUGAGGAAUCCAGGAGCUGACUUACGGUUCUAUACUCAUUUUAUAAAGUUGUUUGUAUGAUUGAGGUAUGUUUGGUGACUUUCUCUAAGGCAAAAAUAAGCACUGAAAAUAGAUGAGAAGUUGAUAUGAGGAAAAUAUGGGUCAUUCCAUGUUUGUUAAUAAAUUACCAUCAUGGAAGUCAGAGAAUGAACCAGCUAAGUCAUGGUAACUAUUUUUUGUAUACCUUGUUCUGCAUCACUUGUAAAACUGAACUGGAUGAAAUGUUAAUUUGGGUGGGAGCAAAGUUUUGUUUUAAGAUUUCUAAGCUAAUUAUUUUAUUGUUUUGUCAACCUUGUAUACAAGAAUGAGAUUAAUUUGUAUUAUAUAAGAAAAUAACUGAUAAAUAUUUAUAAAAUGACAAAUUUGGACCACAGGCUUUCUUCACCUUGUACAGUAUAGUUAAAAAAUACCCUUUUGGGACAUACUGUCACAUCCUAUAAUUUUGGGGCUAUUUUACCUCAGAGUGUGUUUCUGUUCUCUCUCUGUUGCAUCAAGUUUAUUUGAAAAUUGUUUUGUGCCUAUGCUUUGUAACAUAUUUCCUUAUGGUGGUAAAGAAUUAUGCCAUACUCAGUUUUAUUGACAUCAUUAGAUGAAACCAGAUAAAAGUAAAACUGAGCAAUUAACUGUUUUUGAAUACUAUUGGACUCUGUUAGUGCACUGCCCACUGUUUCCUGGGUUGGCUGCCAUCUCAAAUGCAUCGUGAAAGCCCUCUUUGUUGUGUGGGGAUAAAGCAGCCGAAGCAGGACUUGGUUCCAAGUAGCUCUGUGGGUUCAUGUCAUGCCACUUACCAUAAUAUUUCCAAAAUAAAAAAGGUAUUUUAGGCUUAUGCAUGAUGUUUUGGGGUGAGGUCACACCCCAGCCUUUUUCCUUGCAUAAACUGAGCUGCGUUUUGGGGAGCAGCACACAUAUUUUCUGUACAUUUCAGAAUAGCGUGCCUUAGUCAGGCCAGAGGUUUGCUUUGUGUUUCUGCUGACCAAAGUUACCUAGACCUGUGAGAAGCUUCUUUUCAGGUUAUGGUAUGAAAAACGUCCUUUCUUGCUUGUCAGAAAAUAAUUUCCCUAUAUUCAAGGGUAGCAUGGGAUAGAAAACUCUAAAAAUACCUGUAUAGAGUGUGUUAAAUUCUGCCUUUUAUGAUUCUUUAAUAAUAAUAAUUAUGUUCUUAGUGCACUGCAGUUUUAAAUGAUCACAAUUAGAAUUGUCAUUCUUCCGCUAGUGCAGAAUAGGUGUAGUCUAUGGGUUUUAGUUUUCAGGUUAAGACAGUAACUUCCAACUAAAAAACGAGAUAGUUUUCCUUGACAUUUUAAUAAUAUCAUGAUUAAAAUACUUUUAAUUUUAAUUUUAAAAAGAAAUUAAUUGUUGAUAAUGGUCUAGAAUGUUUUAGUACUACUACUGACAAAUCAUUUAGUGUAAUAGUUAUGGGGAGGAAGAGUAGAUGCCUAGAGUUGCCCACAUUCUAAAUAGAUACCAAAAGAGUAUUGAUGAUGGCCUAGAGCUUGGGCAAUGGGGAGUAUGCAAAGAAAAAAAAAUAGGCAUAGUAUCCACUUUAAAGGGAAGAGGCACUCCCCUUAGUACUCAGUGUCCUGUGAAUUUGAAGGUCUAAGUGUUCAUUUUUCAAAGAAUUAGUUUAUUUCACAGUCAGUCAGAAGUAUUUGGAUUAUACUUUUUCUUUCCAGAGUAAACUUUGAUUCUAUAACAUAAGAAUGAAAAGAUAACUGGAAGGUAUUUGACUUAAAGUCUUCUUUUUCCCUUUAUAUUUCAACUAGAAGCCUUUUUGUAACUUUUCCUCUUCACCAGGGUUUUCUUUUAACUAGCCGCCACCUAGGACAGAGCUAGCCCCCUAGCUUUGUGGCUCUUAGAUAUUUCCACGUUUGAAUAACCUCAAUGGCCUCAGAUCUCUUGCCUAGUCCAGGACUGGGAAUAUGCCAGAGAGAACAAAGGUAAAACUGGGUAGACUAGAAUUUCUGACUUUGGGUCCCCACAUAAGCCAAAGACAGAUAAAGAAACCUUUGUGUUGAUUCCUGUGUUGAAUGAGAGUAGCCUUUAUCUUGACCUCAGUUCUAGACUCGACCAAGUACUCUAAGAAAUUUGUGAAAUCAGUCUAGAGUUUUCUUUGUCCUAUGAGGUAUCUUUGUAAGGUAGCAUGCCCUUUCCUGAACACCCUGUGGGUGAGGAACUUACUGCCAGUACUUGAACCUUCCAGGAAGAAUUUAAAUUAGUAUGCUGCAUUUGAAGCACAUUAACAUGUGCAUUUAAAGUGACAGUUUUAACAGUAAAAUGGUAUUAAGUUCAUCAUUGUGAAUGUUGAAAGUGAUGCUCUGUACAUUUUAGGAAACAAGUAAAUUUCUGAUUUUCCUUUAUUGAUGAUGUAAUCCAUGUGAUUUGCAUAUUUUACUUUUCCUCUUUGACAGUGGUACAAAUGGUGGGCAAUUAUUUUAGGGUAUUGGGAAAUCACAGUUGUCUAAGUUUUCCAGAGAAAGGGGCAGUAGGUUUGCUUCUUCCUUACUUGGAGCUAUGGGAAGUGGUUUAAUUGACUAAGUCAUCUCCAGUGUUUCUGGAAUAUAAAAGAAAUGUAACCUUUUAAACUGCAUGCUAGUUAAUUUGCUUUGCUAUUUAAUAGAAAAUAUGCAAGGGAUAGUAAUCGAACUGAGUUAAUAUUUAGGGUAGCAGAAGAUCUGUUAUUUAUAGCCCUCUCACAGGUGACCAGAGAGAGGUGGAUAUAAAACACUUGGUCAAAAAGGCUGGGAUCCCAGAACUGGAAAGUGAUUUUAGAAUAGUUCAACAAGGGCUUGACUCUGUAGGAAGGUCCAUUUGGACAUAGCAGAAUCACUGUUUGUUCUUCCACAGGCCAUUCAUGUUGUCUUUUUUUUUUUUUUUAAGAUUAUUAAUGCAUAUAAGAGCUGGGGUACAGGCCAGUGAUGUGGGGGGUGAGGGGACCCACCAGAGACAGAGUGGGGAACAGUACAGGCAGAUGGACUGAAAUACACUGUGGAGGGGUACAGCCAGUGAGACAGGAGAGGUCUGCUGCGCCAUGUGGGUUGCUCCCUGGCCGGGGAUCUAACUUGUGCUGCAGAGGGUGUGGAUUGCUUCAUAGUGCGGUGCUUAAGCCCUUGCACCACCAGGGAGGCCCCAUUCAUGUUGUCUUAUUUGUAACACUCAUUAUUUGAGAGCUGGGCUAAGUCAGAGUGAUGCUGUUUUUAAAGCACAUCAAGUGUACUGUACAUAGAAUCCCUGCAACACUGACAUCAGAUGGCUUUGGAGACACACUCAGUGCCUUCUGGCUCUUUGUCUAAUUUCUUCUCUUGAGCAAUUUCUGUGGGUAACAGUCAAAAUUAGAAUCGAUUUUAGUUUUUCAUUAAAACAUAAUUUACCAUGAAUUCUAGAUUCUAAUUUUCUUGACAAGCACUUUUUAAUCUCUAAGGAGUAAAUUCUUGAUCAGGAACACACUUAGUCAGUACUUGAUCUUACUAAGCAGGUUAUGGGAGGAGUCUUUUAAUUUUGCAAGAUCUGUGAGUGCCGCAUUAUAAAUUUCUUUGAAUCACUGAUAUCAUUCAAUUAUCAGCCUUUGAAUUUAAUAACUACUAAGGCUACCUGUAAUAUUAACUUAUUUGUAUGUGUUUUAUUUAGAUCCCAUUAGAGCAGCCAUUCAGAAGACAAAGACCCAGCUACAUGUAGUGACUUACUCAUUCUGGAAUGUGCCAAGAAAGCCAAAUUCAGUAUUAAACCCCAAAUUUCAAUUUUUUUCAAGCUAUUUUUAAAAAAUAGUUCUUUCUCUGGGUAAAGGGAAAGGUAGUAAAUAAUUGCUGGAUGUAUAAACUCCCUGUGCCCACUUUCUCCCCUCCCCCUCCCAUCUAACAUAAUAGAUGAAAUUUGUAGCCAGUUGUAGAAAAAGAAUUGAUUCUUUUCUGAGUGAAGUUUAAUGCCCUGAGACUAAAUAUAGGUGGCAGGAAUCAUGGCGGAUCAGUUAUUGGGUUGUUCAGCUUGGCCCUGUUGCAGUUUGCUCGCUCUAGAAUUCUGAAACAAAAGGAUUUCAUCCCUUCUCAGGUAUCUAGAAACACCACCACUUGAGCAGCUGGAAUACGUUUACUAAAGUAGAAUAUAUUAGAGAGGAAGAAAAAGAGGAGCACAAAAAUCUUAUUUUCCCUGUCAAGUAGCUUAAUUGAACAUACUAGUAAUUGGGUCUGUCUAGGACUUGCUGAGAUCAUAGUAAAUAAUGUAUUAUUUAAUCUGGUUUUGUGUGGUGUGUGUAUAUAUAUAUCUUUAAUAUGUAUACAUAUAUCCUCUUUGCAUAUAUAUGUAUGAUAUAUUCAUAUAUACAUGCAGUCUACUCUUGAUUAUCAGCAAAGUGGUAAGGCCUCAUUAGACUGUUUCUUCAUAUUGACUUAAUCUGCAUGUAGCCCCUAACUCUGAAACCUCUUCCUCCGCUGGUGCCACUCUCUCUCCUACUUCCAGUUUAUCUCAGUCCUGAAGAAAUCUGUAACUUUCUAUUUCCCUUUUAUCAGGGAUUGUGUGAGCCAAAAACUAAGCUUUUGAGAAAGAUGGCUGCUUCCACCAGGGUUGAGGUUUCUGGGUCUAAUGGACGAUGGGGCCCAUUCUGGCCAGAAGGCAACUCUGAGAGCCAGUUGUGUUCCUAGCCUUGUGGGGCAGAGGAAACAACCUGACUUGCAGAAACCGGCUUCACAACUUGCUUAAAUUCCUUCACUGGGAUGUGUCAAGUUGUAGACAGUUUGAUGUGCAAAUAGAGCACACUAUGCAUUCCACUGUCCCUUUUUGCCUCGUUGGUAUUACUGUUCCCCUUUGCCAACUCAGAUAAUCAAGACCUGACUGUUUCUUGCCACUGGAUUCUGGAAGCCUUGUCCUUUCAACUGGAUUUAUGUUUAUUUCUGCUGCUGUGAAACCCAAAAGUAAUACAGUAGGUUUUAAUUUAAAAUUGUUUAAUUCUAUUAUUGAUAAAUAUUUAUUGUAAUAAAAGU